GUCGUGAUCAUGAAUCUGGGUGAUGGUUUAUGAAUGAUGGUGAUGACAGCAUCCUCCUCGACUGUCGCUCCCAUGUUCUAACACCUGCGCAGCUGCCGGUAAUUCAUACAAUUUUAUCUGAAGCGGAUCGCUGCUGGCUUCACUGUCUAUACCCAACGGACGAACUGCCACCAUUUUAAACUCUUUGAAGACAAACUUGGAAAAUAUAAGAAUAUGCUAUUUGUGAGCACGCUGUUUAUUGAGGAUUACAGACAUCUAAAAAGCAGAGUCGUUUGGUUGGGGUUGCCUUUGUUUCCUGUUGAGAGAGUAGAGGACUGAACUGAUGCUGCGUCGAACACCCUCCUCAUCAGCAGAGCCGAUGAUAAACAUUAAAAAAAUUGUCGGAUGAUCGAACCUGAGCGGAAGAUCUCCGAGGCUCGCUCUUGGACCAUCCACUCAUCUGUAAGGUCCUUUAUAAAUAAAUAAAUAAGGGGACGGGAUAUUGUUUUAAUAGGAUAAGGCAAUUACCAGAUGAAACCCCACUACAGGACCUCAACGUAAAGAACCGGAUUAAUCCGCCAAUAACCACUGGACAGAGUCUGCCGUAGGGGAGAUAUCAAAAACUCAGUAACACACACCAUCAUUCCUGAUGGCGCUUGAAGACUCUUCCUUCCCCUCGCGGCCAGAGUCCCUCUCUCUGCCUGUGGUGGAGAAAGGGAAGGGACCAGUGGAAGAGGCUAGCGAGGUGACGGCCUCCACCGGAGUGUUUGAUGUGUCUGAGGAUCUGGGCCAUGUGGUUACCACGGAUACCGCCCAGCCUGGCGUUAACAGAUCAUGGAAGUCCAAGUUGGCAGAGAGGCAGGCCAAUGCAGCAUCCGAGGAGUACGUUAAGAAGCUGCCUCGGGUGGUGGAGAAGGAGAGGGGUAGAUUUGGCUGGGCCAAGAGACGUAAGACUCAGCGCUAUGUGGAGAAGAAUGGUCGCUGUAACGUUUCACACGGCAACAUGAGGGAGACGUACCGUUAUCUGACAGAUAUCUUCACCACGCUGGUGGACCUCAACUGGCGCUGCUCUCUCUUCGUCUUCGUCAUGGCCUAUGCCAUCACCUGGCUCUUCUUCGGGGCCAUUUGGUACCUGAUAGCCUACCUCCGAGGGGAUCUAGAUCAUCUGGAGGAUGAGACAUGGACACCGUGCGUCAACAACGUGAACGGCUUCAUCUCUGCCUUCCUCUUCUCCAUCGAGACAGAGACCACCAUUGGUUACGGCCACCGUGUCAUCACUGACCAGUGUCCAGUGGGCACCAUGCUGCUCCUGCUCCAGGCCAUACUAGGAUCUAUGGUCAACGCCUUCAUGGUGGGCUGUAUGUUUGUGAAGAUCUCUCAGCCCAAUAAGCGCGCGGAGACCCUGGUGUUUUCUAAGAAUGCAGUGAUCUCUCUGAGAGACGACAGACUGUGUCUGAUGUUCCGGGUGGGGGACCUGCGCAGCUCGCACAUUGUUGGAGCCAACAUGAGGGCCAAACUCAUAAAGUCUAAACAGACUCAGGAAGGUGAGUUUAUCCCUCUGGACCAGACAGACAUCAGUGUGGGUUUUGAGACGGGGGACGACCGCCUGUUUCUGGUGUCCCCACUGGUCAUCUCCCACGAGAUCGACUGCCGCUCGCCCUUCUGGGACAUGUCUCAGGGCCAGCUGGAGAAGGACGACUUUGAGAUGGUCGUCAUCCUGGAGGGAAUGGUGGAGGCCACUGGUAUGACGUGCCAGGCGCGAAGCUCUUACCUGGCAGACGAGGUCCAGUGGGGUCACAGGUUUAGUCCGAUGAUGUCACUGGCCGAAGGCUUCUUUGACAUUGACUAUGGCGCCUUCCAUCAAACCUUUGAGGUGGACACUCCCUCCUGCUCAGCGCACGAACUCUCAUUAGCUGCGGCCCGAUUGGAGGCUCAUCUCUAUUGGUCGAUCUCCAGUAAACUGGACGAAGAGAAAUGGGAGGGAUCUUCUCUGACCAACCAAUCAGGGAAGCAGCUAGACAAUGGGAAAGGAGGGGUCGUUGGCCCCGUUUCAUUUAUUGUUGGUGAGAUCACUGGAAUAGAAGAACAAUCCGGACCAGGGGAGUUGAAUGGAAGUGUCACCACUGACCAGUCAGAAUCCGAGGCCUAAAGUAGAUUGGGGCACCCUAUCCCCUAUGCAGUGCACUUAUUUUGAGCAGAGCCCUGGUCCACAGUACUAUAAAUGUCAUGACAGGAUGAACCACAAUUGCAGUACUGUAAAAUUUACUUUUAGCUAAUGUAUAACAUACAGCCAUAGAACAUUUUUCCCCAAGGGAGAGUUGGGUGGUUUAAAUGGUCCAUUUUGCUCCUUCUUUGCUGUGUUGGAUAACAUUGACUUGGACAUGACAAAUUAUAUCAAUUCAAUUUUGUCUUUCAUUUCUCUGGUGAUAUUUUAUUAUUACCAUGAAUGUCUGUGCUUCACUAUAAUUAUAUGAUAUUGUUAUAGCUCCAAUAUCCUCUGUCAACAACAUACAUUAUAUGAAUUAAUAAAAAUUUUUAAAUUUUAUUUUUAAGAAUUAAGUAUUGACAAUUCUUUGUCAGGAAAGAGGAUGUUGUUCAGCCAGGUGAGAACGUUCAGAGACAUAGAAAGACAACAGUGUUUUGGAAUGUUCUGGAACGUUCAGAGACAGAAAGAGAACUGUGUUUUGGAAUGUUCUGGAACGUUCAGAGACAUAGAAAGAGAACUGUGUUUUGGAAUGUUCUGGAACGUUCAGAGACAUAGAAAGAAAACUGUGUUUUGGAAUGUUCUGGAACGUUCAGAGACAUAGAAAGAGAAGCAUGACAUGUGUUGGCUGAAUUGGGGAGUCAAUGUAUAAAAGGAAUUAUGUAUUAUGGAUAGUGUGAUAGAAGAGAACAUGUAUGGUUUUUCACUUUAGCAUGUAUAGAGCAUAUCAAGGAAUCGAUUGUAAUCGUAUCUCAAUCUAUCUCUAAAAAAAAACAAGGAUUGUUUUAAAAGAUUAUAUAGAAGUGUACAUUAUGAUUACAUUAAAACAACCACCAUCUUGUGAUUAAUUUAGAUGUAGAAUCAUUACUGUGUUAACCAUUUUAAAGGGUUACAUCAUAUGUACUGUAGCUUAUCACUGACCAUGUCCCAACUGGAGACUAGUGGAAGUAUUAAUCUAACAAAGCAAAGUAUUUUCUCUCUUGGGAAUGUUUCUGUGUGCUUUCACGUAGAAAGUAAGUAGCACAAUGAAAUAUUUUCUUUCUAUAGCCUCUUAGGAUUUAAGCACAACUGUGUUCCUCUCUGCUCACCCCAACCUCAUGCUUCUGCUGCUGUGUACAUAGGAGCCUUUUUACUUGAUGUUUUUAAUAUAUAUAAAAAAUCUGAAUUAUUAUGUAUCAAAAUUAAUAAACUAUAUUCCACACCAA